GCGACAUUCCGGAAUCUAACUAAACCUAUCGGCGCGUUGAAUGCUGAGCGGCUCAACGGCUAUAAGGAAAGAUACGCAGACAUGCCAGACCCAAAGUACUUCUACGCCACCCACUACUCAACACCCGGCUAUGUGCUCUACUACUUAGUCCGCGUCGCGCCCGAAUACAUGCUGUGCUUACAGAGCGGGAAGUUCGACCAGCCCGAUCGCCUGUUCAACGAUAUCGCCGCAACCUGGAAGGGCGUGAACACGAGCCACACAGACCUCAAGGAGCUCAUCCCGGAGUUCUAUAUGCCCAACAAUACCUACACGCACGCACGCACACAGAACCACUCCCUCACACACGCAUCCGUGGCGUCUGAGAAGGCUCCCGGGGCCGACGGACAGGGUGAAGAGGCUGGCGAACGCGAUUCUGUGGAUAGUACUGGGCCAAAUGGGUAG